CUCUUUACUGACCACCAAGCCUUUACUCUGUCUUUUGCUCUGUUUCCCUCUGUUUUCUCCCCUCAACUACUAAUCUCAAGAUAAUCAAUGGUUUAGGAGAGAAAUCACCAUUAAAACAUUUCCUCUAUUUCUGGCACAAAAGAAAAGGAAGGAAGGAAGGAAGGAAGGAAGGAAGGAAGGAAGAAAGGGAAGGAAAGAAGAAAGAGAGAACACCCUUUAGAGAAAUAUGGCGUACCCGUGUGUUCUUUAGCCAAGAAAUGAAAUGGGAAACCCAAAAACCAACUUUCCAUGUCAAAAGAUGAAGCAUUCGCCUCUAAAAUUACCCAGAAGGUUAUGGUUUUGCUCUUUUUCUUCUCUUACACCUUUCUAAAAUCUAACAUUUUUAGUCAUCUUGGAAGAACCCACUUCCUUUUUCUCAAAAAAAGAGUGCCCAGAUUCCUCCAAAAAACCACCUUUCUAACUUUACCUUCCAACCCGUUUCUUCUAAAGUUGCCUCCACGCCUACUGAAGCCCAAAAAACUCUCCAGCUUUAGCAAGAGAUGGGGUGUGUGGCUUCUAAACUAGAGGAGGAAGAAGAAGUUGUGUCUAUUUGCAGAGAAAGAAAACGCCUGAUAAAGCUAGUUGUAGAUAGAAGAUAUGCACUUGCAGAGGCACAUUGCAGGUAUUGUCAAGCUUUGUAUGCAGUAGCAGCUUCCAUUAAACUAUUUGUUGCUCGCCAUUCCUCACCAUCUUCACCAUUUCUCAUCACUUUCCCUCCACCCUGUCCUUCACCUCCACCCACAGACCAAACUGUGAUAAACAACCCGAUGUUCCUUCAGCAGAGGCCAUCUGAGUCGACCCACGAAGCCAUUGCUUGUGAGUCUUGUGGUUCUUCAACAUCCUCAGAUUCUUCAGAGCAGGAAAGCAAAGAAGAAGAAGUAGUUAGAGAAGAACAACAGCCUUGUGGGUACUUUUAUAUGCAAAUGCCACCACCAAUGCCAUCACCACAGAGAGAUUUUGGCUGGGAUUUCUUCAACCCUUUUGAUGGUAUGAGACCUGAAGUCAUCAGUGGGUACAAUAGAACUUCUGAUGAUGAUUUGAGGGUGGUUAGAGAACAGGAAGGGAUUCCAGAGCUAGAGGAGGAAGGAGAUGGCAAAGAAGAAGAGGAGAAAAAGGUGGUCUUUGCUCAAGAACAUGGUGAUGAGGAGCAUGAAGAGUGUGAGGUGGGUAUGGUGAAGGUAGUGGAUAGCGAUAAUUUGAGCCAAGGGGAGCACAAGGGGCUUUCAGUCAUGGAAAGCCCAGAAAAAGGAAGGGAACUUUUGGAAGCACUGAAGGAUAUUGAAGACCAUUUUGUUAGGGCUUAUGAUUCUGGCAAGGAUGUAACAAGAAUGCUGGAAGCUAAUAUGGUUCAAUUCCAAUCUGGGUUAGAGGAAAUCAGAGUAAACUCAACCAAGGUCAUCCAGGCUAUUGCAUGGCACCGGUCCACUUCAUCCAAGCCUCCAGCAUGUAAGAGUCUUGUGGCAUCCAGUUCAAAAAGUUCAACAUGGACAGAAUUCAGGAAUGAUCUUUUUGAUGAUUAUGGAGGAAUGGAGUCAGGAAGUCAUUCAUUAACUCUAGGAAGGUUGUAUGCUUGGGAGAAGAAGCUUUAUGAAGAGGUUAAGACUGGAGACAGCAUUCGUAAAGUCUACGAGAGGAAGUGUUCGCGGCUGGGGAACCAGGAUGUCAAAGGAUAUGAUGAACUAACAAUGGACAAAACUAGAGCUGAAGUGAAAGAUUUAUAUGCCAGGAUCUUGGUUGCAAUUAGAAGUGCUGAGUCUAUCUCGAAGAGAAUCGAGAAACUAAGAGAUGAAGAACUGCAACCGCAAAUUGUUGAGCUGUUGAAAGGCCUAAUGAGAACCUGGAAAGUUAUGCUGGAAUCGCAUGAAACACAGAACAAAAUUCUCUUUGAAGUCAAAUCUUUUGAUUGUCCAGCAUUUGGGAAAUUCUGCAAUGAUUCUCACCGUCUUGCAACACUUCAGCUAGAGGCUGAGCUUCAAAAUUGGCGUUGUUGCUUUACUGAGUAUGUUGCAGCUCAAAGGGCAUAUGUCAAAGCUCUCCAUGGUUGGCUAACCAAGUUCAUAGUCCCAGAAGUUGAAUUUCAUUCCAGAAAGAGGAGAUCAGCCAUACCAUUUGGAGUUAACGGUCCACCAUUGCUAGUAAUCUGCUACAAUUGGUUAUCUUCCGUGGAGAAUUUACCGGACAAAGCAGUAACCCUUGCAUUAAGAAGCUUUUCUAAGGAUGUUACGGCUCUGUGGGCUCAGCAAGGGGAGGAACAGCAACAAAAGAGGAAAGUCGACAGUAUGGCAAAGGAACUUGACAGAAGGACUCUUGCAUUCCAGAAGUCGGAGAAAAGGUUUCUUGAGUCCAAGCUCAUUGAAUAUAAGUCUGAGACAGAGAUGGAGAACCAGAAUGAAUCAUUGACAGAGAAGAAGGAUCAUUUGGACAUGUUCAGAAGGAGGCUUGAUGUGGAGAAGGAAAAACACCACAAUUACGUGCAGGAAACACAGAGAAUCACAUUGAAUGGAUUUCAAACAGGAUUUUCUUCUGUUUUCGAGUCCUUAACAGAGUUCUCUAAGGCCUCUCUAAAGAUGUACAAUGACAUUGUCACUCAAAGUGAGAAUACUGAGAGGGAGGGGAACCUAUCAUACAUAGAGAGCUCACCGGUUGAAGAAAAUGGCAACAGAUGACACCAGAAACUUGAUGAGAGGAUUUAAGGGUCUAGGAUUUAAGGACUAUACAGUCUACUUGUAUAUUACCAAAUGUCGAAGCAACUUGCUGAGACAAAUUUAUUCGGGUUUUAGUGUGGUUUUUGUAAGAUUAAAUUGCUAUUUGUUUAAUGCAGGUUUGUAUGCUGGGAAGUAAAAACAAAUUUCUAAA